AAUGCAGCUGCAUUAUACAUUAUAACUACUUGUAUUUUUUAUAUGCUAAACGCUUUGAACGGCUAUGACUAUUUUAUAUUUUUAAACCUUCCAUGUCCUAUUGUAUUACAUGUGUGAAUGGGUAUUUAUUAAAAUAACAUAAAAAAUAAAAUAAGGAAAAACUAAUAUUUGGUCGGAGAAGGCAACUAGUAGUUUGUAAGGGUGUGGACGUUCUGCUAUUCCCGUUUUGGACAGUAGAUGGCGCAGUCUGACAAGAAGGAACAAUCUUUUUCAGUGUGAUUUUUUUAUUUUUUUUUGGAAGCCGUACAUUGACUUGGGCCUAACGAUUCUUAGAUCGUCAUUAUUUGUAACCAUAGAGCAUGAAUUACCUCUUGAGGUCAUCAGUGAGAAUUUACGACUGGUCAACAAAAGCACGUGAUUUCCAAACGCACUCACACCCCCCAUAUUUGGCCGCAUACAUAGCAAAAACGAAGAACAGUGCUUUGCUAUAAUUCAUUAAUACAUCAUAAAUCGUGUAGCGCAGAGUUAUAACGCCCGGCAGCCACAAAUCACAGAAAUAACCCAAAUGAGUUCCUACUUUGUGAACUCGUUCUCAGGGCGAUAUUCAAAUGGCCCCGACUAUCAUUUGCUAAAUUAUGGCAGUGGCGGCAGCAAUGUGAGCGGAUCAUACAGGGACUCAGGCAGCAGCAUGCAGCCCACUUCCUAUGGCUACAGCUACAAUGGCAUGGACCUCAGCAUCAACCGGCCAGCGGGCACCAGCCACUAUGGGGAAAACUCUGCAGGUUUCCCAUCUCAGGGCAGCAGGUUCAGGCAAGCACAGAGCUGCCCCCUCUCCUCCCCAGAGUCCCUACCCUGCACCGAUCCCAAGCCUGAGCCAUCCCCCUCCGAGGCAGCCACCUCUGCCGGCUCCAGUUUCAACGAAAUAGACGAGACAAGCGCAUCCUCGGAUACCGAGGAACCUACCCCGAGGAGCGCCGGCACAGCCAGGGCACAGCCAGAGGACAGCCCCCCAAGAACCAGCGCCGACGGCCAGGCACCCCAAAUAUUUCCCUGGAUGAGGAAGCUCCAUAUUAGUCACGACAUGACAGGUCCUGAUGGCAAGCGGGCAAGGACAGCUUACACCAGGUAUCAGACCCUGGAGUUGGAGAAGGAAUUUCACUUUAAUAGGUACCUGACCAGGAGGAGGAGGAUUGAGAUCGCCCAUACACUUUGCCUGUCAGAGAGGCAGAUCAAGAUCUGGUUUCAGAACAGAAGGAUGAAAUGGAAGAAAGACAAUAAACUGAAAAGUAUGAAUUUGGCUACCGCAGGCAGUGCCUUCCAGCCCUGAGGUGAGGUGGCAACCUGACCAUUGUACUGUACCCCGGGCAUAGCCUGGCAUGCUGACCAAGAGACCUCUGGGGCUCUUCCACAAAGAACUGCGUCUCAUCUUUAGAGUUUUUUUUUAUUAUUUCCUUCCAUGCUCAGUCCUGGUGAUGUCCUGUUUUGUGACGUACGAUAUUGCUGCUUUGGGAAAAUAUAGCAUGUUUAUCAGAGCUCUUAAAUGUUAUUUUAAGUUAUUUAUACUUGAUAAUAAAGAUACCUUUUUAAUUUUACAGGUUUCAAAUCAUUUCUGUUUCAGGUGAGGUGGGCUACCAAUGCACUAAAAGAUGCUGAAAAUAAAGGUUUAUAUGUAAUUUUAUUGUAAAUGUUGUGGUAUUAGCUCGAAACAUACGGACAUUGUUUGAUAAUGGUCUUUAGAGUGUUAAGUGGAACAUUUUCCACUCAUAGUGUUUUUGCUUAUAUUUAUCAUAUUGCAGGGUCAGGGACAUUUCAAGUGCUGGGGAGAUUGAGUGACACGUUAUGUGUUAGAGUGUCAUGUCUGAAUAUUCUGCCAAUCGUUUUUGUAUGUAUUUGUAGUAAUAAAAUGUAUCUGCUGAUAUAAAAAAA